AUGAUAAAUUUGCAAAUAAGUUUUUGGGAUGUAAGCAAGACUUCUUUGGGACAUCUCUCAUCUUAAUUGGACAAGAUGGAUCAAUUGACUCAGUCUUCUAACCAACUUAUGCAUACUUUUGAAACUGCAUAAAAAAUUUACUUAAAUUCUUGCAAAAAAUUAGUCAACAUUUCCAAGGACGGCUUGAUAGAGUAAAGUCAAAAUUUUAUAGACAAAAGAAUGCGAUACUAGUCAGAUUUAUAAGAAACUUCUAUAUCUAUUAGGAACACAUACGAUCAAAUUGAACUAGAUAAAUGUUAUUUCUCCAUCAAUUUAGCACAUGGAAUAUUCACAAGGUCCACUUUCCCUUACAUGCCCAAUUCUAUCAAUAGCUUUUGUUAAAAGUCCAAAAACUCGUCCAAACACAUAUAUGUAGCCUUAUUGAGAUAUGAACAACCAAAAGAACAUGAGAUUACAGUUACUAAUUAAUAAAUCAUUAUCUUUAACAACAUCUAUAGUGUUACAUUGGAUUAUUAUCAAGGUGUGUUUUACCUUGUAUCAUUCGCCCCUAAAUAAGCAUAAAUUAUAUCUAAAAUUCAACCUUCCUUACUAUAAUCUUACUGUUAAAAGUUUGCAGUAGAAUUGCCAGAAAUAUAAAAAAAAGAGGUCUUUUUGAUUUAUUUGUGCUAUUUUUUUAAUAACUCCAUAAAAUUUGCAUAAGCACAAAUUGCAAUCCAUUCAUUAAGAACACAAGGAAAAACAAUACCCACUUUAUAAAAUUAUGAUUCCUUAUCUGAUUUCGAAAACUAAUUAGAAACUUAUGUCACUUAUAAAAAUGUCAAAAAAUGCGCUUUUAGUGAAAUCAUUAUUAAGAGCAAUGAUAAUUAUUAUAUCUAAUUAUCUGGAUAAACACGAUCGCUGGAAAAUGUUGAAAUUUACUGGAACAUUAAUGAUAAUUUAGAAUAAAAAUUAGCUAACUACCAUUUAUUGGAAUAAUAAAAAUAAAAAUUGGGCCAAAUACUUAAAUUAAAAAACAGUUCUUACCCUAUAUAUUUCAAAUUAAAUUGCUAAUUGGAUAACUAUCAUAAUGAAGAUCCUUCGAUAGAUGAGACUUUCAAAAUAACAAAAUGCCACAAUUAUUUCAAGAUGAAUCAAUUCACAAUUUCUUAAGACGAAGCUUUGUCUUAAAUAGAUAUCUGGUAUGAAGUCGAAUCAUAACUCCUCAAAUUACCAAUCACUUACGAAGAUGAGGCAAUUUUAGACAAGAUGUUCCAAAGUAAUGAAGAACCAUGGGAAUACUUAAAAUGGAUUAUCGUCAGAACAAGUGCACUCAAAAUUAAAAGAUCCAUUGCUUAAAUCAAAUUAGAAAAUAAAACGAUCAAAUUUAUAUAGAAUUUCAAGAGAGAUGACAAAAAAAAUAUUUCAAUUUUAAAUCUAGAUGGAUUUAAAUGCCAAGAUGAAUUAAUUCCACUUUAAAACCUCCUUCCAUCAUUGAAUCAAAUUGACUUUGAUUCAAUUAAAAAGUUAAUUGAGGAUAAAUUAAUUGAUGCUAAAUUCUCUUAAAUUUCAGAAAAGUAUAAUAAUCAAUUAUGA